GUGAUACAUCCAUUUCCUUUCAGGCAAACAACACAGUUCCGUGGCAGCACAAAAGCUUUGCUUCUAGUGCAAAAAUCUCAAAAUUCAGAAAACUAUUGCUCCUUUGUGGACGUACCAUUCUGUGCUUGCUAUUUGGAUGUUAUGGAUAGGAACAAUACUUUUACUCCAAUCACAUGGCCACCAAAGUUUUGGGAGCAGAUAACAAUAGCCUUCACAGUGUCCAUGGUGAUUGGACUGGUGAUUGGAGGGAUCAUCUGGGCAUUUUUCACCUGCUUGUCCCGUCGCAGAGCUAGUGCCCACAUUUCCCAGGGGAGCCCCUCAUCCUUCAGCCGUCGGUCCAGACCUUCCUCCCAUGGCCACGCUGCCAGCAGGACUGGAUUUUACCGUAACAGCAGCUGUGAACGUCGGAGCAACCUCAGCCUGGCCAGCCUCACCUUCCAGCGGCAAGCCUCCUUGGAGCAGGCCAACUCUUUCCCCAGGAAGUCAAGCUUCCGUGCAUCCACCUUCCACCCUUUUCUGCAGUGUCCUCCCCUGCCCGUGGAGACGAACAGUCAGCUGAUCACCCUCACUCCCACAAAUACCACCACAACCCUUGUGGGAAGCACCACCAACAGCUUGAGUCGACCUGAAUUCCACUGGUCUAACAACAACCUCCGCAUCUGCCACUCCACGCAAACCCCACCUCCCGCCUAUGAAACCAUCAUAAAAGCUUUCCCAGAAUCCUGAGCUUCGUCCUUGCUGCAAACACACCUGUGCAUCUUAGAAGGAACCUCAAUUAUCUCAGCAAUUUUCUGUGCAUGAUGAAGAUCUCUAAGAAGUCUCCAGCUGCAGUUGCAGUUGCUUACUUUGCCAAGAGGCGAAUAGAAGUGAUUUCAUGGAGCCCAACAUCCCACUAUCUGAGAGAUCACUUGUCUUUGCACUGCUAGCUUUUAUUUACUGCUCUGCUGUAUGCUUGUAUAUUUAUAUUGUUAUAUCUUUAAUUGCAGCUAUUGUCUCUUUAUUUUAGAGGGAAAAAUGCUGCCACAUAAAAAUGACAUAAUUUCUUGAAGAAACAGAUAAUACUAGAAAUUACUGAUAUACACAGCACAUCAAUGCAAAUUUCACUAUUCCUUUUUUUUUAAGAAGUUUUGAUUUUACAUGUUUUUGUUACAUUUUCAGAGAGCACCUCCUGUUACCCGCCUUCUUGCUAUAAUCCCAGAAGAGCUUCAGUCUGAGGAACCUUAGACACAGACCUCAUAGAGGAUGCAGUCCUGGCUGCUGUAGACCUCCUGUUCUGUUGUUUGCAAAGAUCUGAUCAGAAAAGACUCCAAGACUCCAUAUUAAGGAUGCUUGUUUGAAAUUCCCCACAGAGUGGGAAAAAAAAUUUGUCAAGUAUAUAUAGCUUCAUGCACAAAGAAGUUUUGAAAAAUAUACUAAAUACAUGAAAACAAUUAUAAAGAAUUUUCUGUCUGCAACCAGCAGAACAGGUAGUCGUGUUUUAAUACCCAAUGAGGCUGUAUGGGCAGAACUCCUCAUGUUUCAUUUUUCUAGUUCUGGCUAUCCAGAUAAGCAGUAUGAAUGACAACUAUUUUUUAAUUAAGUUUCCUGAUUUCCUAUGGGAUUAGUCAUUUCCUUAUUUCAAAUGUUUUUUCUCAAAUUGUACCAAUGUUUAAUUCUUUCUUUUAUUCACUGAAAUCUCGUCUUUCACAAAAACAAGAUUUCAGACAUCUGUGGCUGAAUACAGGGAUUGUAUAAUGAAUUGGGAUAGGAAGAUAAAGAUGAAGUAUUUAGUUGAGCCUUACAUGUAUUCUUGACUUUUAUAUGUGUGUCAUGCUGAGCUAACCCCUGGCUUAGUAGAGACUAAUUGCACUGAUAUGACAAAUGUUCAGUAUUUGGAAAUAACAGACACAAAUGGGACCAAAAUUAAAUCUUAUUGUAUCAGUUUCCUGUUAAAUUUUUCAUGUUCAAAUUAAGGGUAAAGAAUUUCCACAAUUGGAGGAGUGUCCACACUUGCACACUCCACACUUGCAAAUAUGCCAGUUGUUUCUAAAAGACUUGGGUGACACCAGCCUCAGGACUCCUGAUUCUGAGGGGGCUUCCGCAGGAAGAACAAGUUCUUGUUUCUCUUCUGGGAGAGACAAAGAUUCAGCAGAAUGGGCAAAAUGCUCAACAUCUCCCAAGUUUCCCAGGCUUUUGGAGACUGGCAGCAAGCAUCCCUUUGCUGAGGUCAACAUCCUUCGGGAAGCACUGGCAUUGAUCUCUGAUCCACAGUAUUCCAGCCCAAUAGCCACCCAUUUGCAAACAAUGCUACAAACAUUGAGCUUACAAGCAAUGCUUACUGUAAACAAGUAUUCCUUAUUGUAAAGUCAAAUUAUUUUGCAUACUACUUACUGACUGGAUUUCAUUAUUUUAUUUUUAGUGUGCAGCACAUCUGGAGAGAUGUAUGUCAUUGCUAGAAAAACAACCACUUACAGAGUUUACAGAGCAUUUCACUGCAGACACUAUGGGUUCUAGCACACCCAGAACUUGCUGAUAAGAUUGUAACACUGCAUCUGGCUGAUCACAGCCUACAGACUUAAAAUAGCAGUCUUCUGGAGAAAGAAAGAAAAGAAAGAAAGAAAGAAAGAAAGAAAGAAAGAAA